AUGGCAUCCAUGGCAACCUACAAUAUUUUUCAUUAUAUGUUCUCUCUUCCUUUCCCCUUUCUAUUAUUCUUGUAUAUCAAUCCACCGUCUUCUCGUUUCAAGAGGCUUGCCGGCAGGUCUAUUCCCGAAGGAAGUGAAUCGUAUACGCUUUGGGAUAACAAAACUCUUAAAGUUUUCUUGGAUAGACCGUGCUUAACCAGGUACGAGAACAUGGUGUUUUUCGAUGGUGUUGAGAGUGCUAACCUCACCUAUGGCAGCCUUAUUGGUGUUGUUGGGUUAACCCAAGAAGAACUCUUCCUUUGGUUGCCUGUUAAAGAUAUCAUCGCCAAUGACCCGAAAUCCGGUCUCAUUUUGUUUGACAUUGGUGUUGCUCACAAACAUCUUCCUUUGUCCCUCUUCGAAGAACCUCCUUCCUGUAAACCUAACUAA